CUCCUGGAUGCCCAUCGCUGUCACCGUGCCUAUGGGGCUUGUCCUGCCCAGCCGGGUGGUGUUUGAGGGAGUGAGGGGCAGCACGGCUUACCUGGACAUCUCUCUGGAUGCCAUCUCUAUCCAUCGGGGCUCCUGCAAUCGCAUCUGCAUGAUGCAGACGUGCAGCUUCGAUGUUCCAAAUGAUCUCUGUGGCUGGAGCUGGAUCCCAACAGCCUCUGGGGCCAAGUGGGUCCAGAAGAAGGGGUCGUCCGGGGUGCCGAACGUGUGGCCUGAGGAUUUCUCUAGCCCUGGUAGUGGCUUCUACAUGCUCCUGGACCCCAAGAAUGCAAAACCGGGGCAGAAAUCUGUCCUCCUGAGCCCCCUGAGCCAUUCCUCUGGCUGUCUGAGUCUGUCCUUCCACUACAUCCUCCAUGGACAGUCACCUGGUGCAGCCCUCACCGUCUAUGCUUCCGUCUUGGGCAGCAUCCGGAAACACACUCUCUUCUCAGGACAACCUGGACCCAACUGGCAGCCUGUUUCUGUCAAUUACACAGGCCAGGGACAAAUUCAGUUCACCUUGGUGGGUGUGUUUGGAGAGACCCCAGAGCCAGCUGUGGCAGUGGAUGCAAUCAGCACUGCUCCCUGUGGGGAGAGCUUUCCUCAGUGUGACUUUGAAGAUGAUGCCCAUCCCUUCUGUGACUGGGCCCAGGCAUUAGGGGAUGGCGGACGCUGGACCCGGGGAAAUAAAAGUAUGCACAUCCAGGGUGCAGGCGCUUUUGAAGGUCACUAUAUUUACGUGGAGGCCGACAAGUUCUCUAAGGCGGGCCAGUCUUUCAGACUGGUGAGCCGGCCCUUCUGUGCCCCGGCUGCGAUCUGUGUGGAGUUUCCCUACCACAUGUAUGGCCCCGGAGAGGGUACUAAGCUCAGUCUCCUGCUGGAGAGUCCUGCGGGCAGUGCCCCAUCCACUCUCUGGCACCGCGUUGGGUCUCAGAGUCCCAGCUGGCUGAACACCUCUGUCACCAUCCCUUCGGGGCAUCAACAGCCCAUGCAGCUGAUCCUGGAGGCCAUCAGGGGUACCCACAGUGCCUUUGUCGUUGCUGUGGGUUUUAUCUUGAUCAAUCACGGGACUUGUCGAGGAACAGUGCCAACAGAGCUUCCUUCCAAAUCUCCAGUUUCCCUCCCUGGCCCUUCUGAAACCCCUGUCUCCACAGGAAAACCUAUGACUCCCACAGAAAAAUCUAUGGCCCCCACAGAAAAACCCAUGGCUCCCACAGAAAAACCCACUGUCCCCACAGAAAGAUCCAUGGCUUUCACAGAAAAACACACUGUCCCCAGUGAAAUAGCCACUGUCCCCACAAAAAGACCCAUGGCCCCCCCAGAAAAACUCACUGUGCCCACAGAAAGACCCAUGGUCCCCCCAGAAAAACUCACUGUGCCCACAGAAAGACCCAUGGUCCCCCCAGAAAAACUCACUGUGCCCACAGAAAGACCCAUGGUCCCCCCAGAAAAACACUCUGUCCCCAGUGAAAUAGCCACUGUCCCCACAGAAAGACCCAUGGUCCCCCCAGAAAAACACACUGUCCCCAGUGAAAUAGCCAUUGUCCCCACAGAAAGACCCAUGGCUCUCCCAGAAAAACUCACUGUCCCCAGUGAAAUAGCCACUGUCCCCACAGAAAGACCCCUGGCUCUCCCAGAAAAACUCACUGUCCCCAGUGAAAUAGCCACUGUCCCCACAGAAAAACCCACUGGUCCCAGUGAAAUAGCCACUGUCCCCACAGAAAGACCCAUGGUCCCCAAAGAAAAACACCCUGUCCCCAGUGAAAUAGCCACUGUCCCCACAGAAAAACCCGUGGCUCUCACAGAAAAACCUAUAACUGCCACAGAAAAACCCACUGUCCCCAGUGAAAUAGCCACUGUCUCCACAAAAAAGCCCAUAGUCCCCUCAGAAAUGUCCACUGUCUCGCCAGAAAAAUCCACCUUCCCCACAGAAAAACUCACCAUCCCCACUCAAAAGCCCACCAUCCCCACAGAAAAGCCCAAAGUUCCCACAGAAAAGCCCACUAUUCCCACUGAAAAACCGACUUUCCCCACUGAAGAGAACACUGUGCCUCCUGAAGAGACCACUGUCCCCCCUGAAGAGACCACUCUUCCUCCUGAAGAGCCCACUGUCUUCACUGAAGAGUCUACCAUCCCCGCUGAAGAAUCCACUGCCUCUGCUGAAGAGUCUGUUGUCCCCAUUGAAGAGACUACUGUACCCCUUGAAGAGCCCACUAUCCCCACAGAAAAACCCACCAUGCCCACUGAAAGGACCACCAUCUCCACAGAAAAGCCUACUAUCCCUGCAGAAAAGCCCACAGUCCACACUGAGAGAACCACCAUCCCCACAGAAAAACCCACCAUUCCCACGGAAAAACCUGUCAUCCCUAUGGAAAAAUCCAUCAUCCCCACAGAAAAGCCCGCCGUCCCCGCAGAAAAACCCGCCAUCCCCACAGCAAAACCCGCCAUCCCCACAGGAAAACCCACCGUCCCCACAGGAAAACCCACCGUCCCCACAGGAAAACCCAGCGUCCCAACAGCAAAAUCUACCAUCCCCACUGAAAGGCACACUGUCCCCACAGCAAAACCUACCAUUGCCAAAGAAAAACCCACUGUCCCCACAGGAAAACCCACCAUCCCCACUGAAAGGCCUACCAUCCCCACUGAAAGGCCUACCAUCCCCACUGAAAAGACCACCAUCUCCACAAAAAAACCCACUGUCCCCACUAAAAGCCCCACCAUCCCCACAGAAAAGCCCACUGUCCCUACAGAAAAAACUACCAUCCUCGCAGAAAGACCCACCAUCCCCACUGGAAAGACCACCAUCCCCACAGAAAAACCCACCGUCUCCACUGAAAAACCCAUCAUCCCCACAGAAAAAUCCACUGUCCCCACAGAAAAACUCACCAUCCCCGCAGAAAAAUCUACUGUCCCCACUGAAAGGCACACAGUUCCUACGACACCCCAGCCCAGCCCAACACUUGUACCAAUUGGGCCAACAGUCUUGGUGAUGCCUCCUACAACUACUCCAAGUACCUCCAUGACCACUACAACCCCUAGACAUACUCCAGCGAGGUGCCCCCCAAAUGCCCACUAUGAGCCCUGCGCCUGCCCAGCAUCCUGCCAGAGACCCAAGCCCAACUGUGGGCCCCCCUGCAAACCCGGCUGUGUCUGCAAUUCUGGCUUUUUGUUUCAUGAGUCCCGCUGCAUCCAUCCCUCUUCCUGCAAUUGCUUCUACAACAACAAUUACUAUAAGCCUGGGGCGGAGUGGUUCAGCUCCAACUGCACAGAACGUUGCCGCUGCAAGCCUGGCAGUCGGAUGGAGUGUCAGAUCUUCCAGUGCGGGACUCACACGGUGUGCCAGCUGAAAAACGGCCAGUACGGAUGCCAGCCCUACGGCCGUGCCACCUGCGUCGUCUAUGGAGACCCUCAUCAAAUCACCUUUGAUGGGAGGCACUUCAACUUCAUGGGCAAAUGCACCUACAUCUUGGCCCAACCCUGUGGCAACUCGACAGAGCCAUUCUUCAAGGUGGCGGCGAAGAAUGAGGGCGGAGGACAGGAAAGCAUCUCCAGCCUGAGCAAAAUCUACGUGACACUACCCAAGGUCACCAUCACGCUGCUCAGGGGCAGGCGCGUGCUGGUUGGGAGUCAGCAAGUCACCCUCCCCGCCAUACCUUCGAAAGGCAUUUUCCUGGCUUCAAGUGGGCGAUUUGUGGAGCUGCAGACAGUGUUUGGUUUGCGGGUGAGAUGGGAUGGUGACCAGCAGCUGUAUAUGAGUGUGCCCAGCACCUACUCUAGGAAACUCUGUGGCCUCUGUGGCAACUACGACGGGGACGGCAGCAACGACAACCAGAAGCCGGACGGCAGCCCAGCGCAGGACGUGGAGGAGCUGGGCAAAAGCUGGCAGACAGCGGGGGGCGAGGACAAGGAUCUGUCGGCACUAGAGUUGUGUGGACGGCUCGUGAACACCCACGGAGCCUUUGAGGCAUGUCUGCCUCACCUCGAGGCCUCUCUGUUCCUCAAGAACUGCGUGUUUGACAUGUGUAAAUUCCAGCGGCUGCAGUCAGUGCUGUGUGCCCACAUGGCAGCUUUGACCGAGAUCUGCCAGGAUGCCGGCUACGCAGUGAAGCCCUGGAGGGGACCCCAGUUCUGCCCUCUGACCUGCCCGCCCAACAGCAGGUACACUCUGUGCGCCGGGCUGUGCCCAGCCACCUGCCAUCCCAGCUUCUCUGGGAUGUCCUGCCAGAACCGAUGCGUGGAGGGCUGUGAGUGCAACCCGGGCUUCGUGCUCAGCGGUCUCCAGUGUGUCCCUCGGUCCCAGUGCGGGUGCUUCGACCCCAUGGUGGGCUACUUCAAGGUAGGGGAGCAGUGGCUCAAGCCAGGCUGCAGACAGCUCUGUGUCUGCGCGGGCAACGGUAAAGUUCACUGCAUGCAGUGGAGGUGCCAGGCCCAGGAGAUCUGUCGUCAGCAGGAUGGCACCUAUGGCUGCCAUGCCCAAGGGACUGCCACCUGCAGUGUCUCAGGGGACCCCCACUACCUGACAUUCGACGGAGCCCUGCACCACUUCAUGGGCACCUGCGCCUAUAUCCUGACCCGACCUUGCCAGUCUAGGUACCUAGAGAACUACUUCAUUGUGAGCACCACCAAUGAGUUUCGCGGCGGGAACUUGGAGGCCUCCUAUGUCAGAGCCGUCAAUGUGCAGGUCUUCGACCUGAGAAUCUCACUGAUCAAAGGGCAUAAGGUCAUGCUGAACGGUCGCCGGGUGGCCCUGCCUCUGUGGCCCGCACAAGGCCGGGUGAGCAUAAGGCCCAGUGGCUCCUUUACCCUCCUCUACACGGACUUUGGGCUUCAAGUUCGCUAUGAUGGGAAUCACCUGGUCGAAGUGACAGUGCCGUCUUCCUACACCGGGCAGCUCUGCGGGUUGUGUGGCAACUACAACAACAAUAGCCUGGAUGAUAGUCUGUUCCCCAGUAAAAGGCCUACGGCCAGCUCUGUCCACCUGGGGGUCGCCUGGAAGUUACCGGAGUACUCUGAACCGGGCUGCUUUGUUGAGGGUGGCAAGCCCUCCAGAUGCCUGGAGAACAAAGAGGCAAACAACUGGGAAAAGCAUUGUGAUAUCUUAAUGAACCCUCGGGGACCCUUCUCCCAGUGCCACGGGGUGGUGCCCCCCCAGUCCAGCUUCGCCAGCUGUGUGUAUGGCCAGUGUGAGACCACGGGUGACUCCCUGACCCUGUGCCGCUCCCUGCAGGCCUAUGCAUCCCUGUGCGCGCAUGCCGGCCAGGCCCUCACCUGGCGAAAUAGCAGCUUCUGCCCUCUGAAGUGCCCCCCCGGAAGCAGCUACAGCCCCUGUGCCAAUCCCUGCCCGGUCACCUGCCUCAGCCUGAACACCCCAAAAGACUGCCCAGCAGGGCUGCCCUGUACCGAAGGCUGUGAGUGCCAGAAAGGCCACAUCCUGAGCGGAACCUCCUGUGUGCCCUUCAGCCAGUGUGGCUGCACCCACCAGGACGGUUCCUACCAUCCGGUCGGGGAGAGCUGGUACACAGACAACACGUGUUCCAGGCUCUGCACCUGUUCCGCGAACAGCAACAUCUCCUGCCACCAGAGCACCUGCAAGCCGGGCCGGCUGUGCUGGCCCCUGGACGGCCUGCUGCGCUGCCGCCAAGCGGGCAUGGGAGUGUGCCAUACCUCGGACCGCUCCCCGUAUGUGACGUUCGAUGGCGCUCGCCAUACCAUCCGGGACACCUGCACUUAUGUCCUGGUGAAAGUGUGCCACUCCACCAUGGACCUGCCUUUCUUCAAGAUCAGUGGCAAGCACGGGAAGCUGAGAGGCCGCUCCACUGCUUUCUACCUCCGCCGGGUCAAUAUGGACAUCUCUGACACCCGGGUCACCUUGGGAAAGAACCACCACGUGCUGAUCAACGGCACACGGGUCACUCUUCCCUCGACCACCCAGAUCCGGGGGGUCAGAAUCAUAGCCAGCGGCAUCUACACCGUACUCAAUGUUAACAUCGGGCUGCAGGUCAAGUUUGACGGCAAGGGCUUCUUAGAGGUUCAGCUCCCUACGGCCUAUUACCAAAAGGUCUGCGGCUUGUGUGGGAACUUCAAUGAUGAGGAAGAAGAUGAGCUCAUGAUGCCCAGUGAUGAACUAGCCCAGAAUGACACUGAAUUGGUGGACAGUUGGCAAGAUAGGGCGAAUGACCCAAAAUGCCAACCAGAUGACCAGAAGAUCCAAACAGAAACGCAGGAGAAGCCGAAUACAAACUGCAGGAAGGCUGACCUAGCCAGAGCCCAGGAACGGUGCCAGAAGGCCUUUCAGGCUCCAGCCUGGGCUAAGUGUGCCAGCCACAUGGUCCUCAGGCCCUUCCUGCUCAGCUGUACCAACAACCUCUGUCAGUUUGGAGGCCUGAACCGCACCCUCUGUGAAUCUUUGGAAAGCUUCGGGGCCGCCUGCCGGGCCCAGGGGCUCAAGCCCCCGAUCUGGAGAAACAGCAGCUUCUGCCCUCUGGAAUGUCCUGCCCACAGCAGCUACUCAACCUGCCUUCCCUCCUGCCCACCUUCCUGCUUGGACCUGACGGGCCGGUGCAGUGGCCCCAAAGUCCCCUCCACCUGCAAGGAGGGCUGCCUUUGUCGGCCUGGCUACAUGCUCAGUGGGCAACAGUGCGUGCGCAGGACUCAGUGUGGUUGCACGGACGACUACAGCAGCUAUUUCCCCGACGGUAAGACCUGGAUCUCCAUUCGCUGCACGAAGAGCUGUGCCUGCACCACAGGAACCAUUCACUGCCAGCCCUUCAGGUGCCCCCCUGGCUCCCAUUGCGAGCCCCAGCCUGGGGGCACUGGUGGCUGUGAAAUUAACAAGUCCAAACAAUGCUCCAUUUAUGGGGACCCCCAUUACCGUACAUUUGAUGGCCUCACCUACCUCUUCCGGGGCCGCAUGACCUACACUCUGAUAAAGACCAUUGGUAAGCUCCCUGCUGGGGUGGUGCCUCUGGUCGUGGAGGGGCGCAACAAAGUGUAUUCGUCCUGGAGACCCAUCUACCUGCACGAGAUCAUCGUGAUCAUCUACGACUACACAGUCCAGCUCAAGGCUCAUCUGGAGCUGGUGGUCAACAACCAGAAGAUGGGCAUCCCCUACAAGCCCAGCGACCGUCUGCAGGUUGCCCUGCGGGGCCAUCGCCUGUAUCUGAUCACCGACUUCAAGAUGGUUGUCACCUUCGAUGGAGGCAAAAACGCAGUGAUCAUGCUGCCCAACCAGUAUAAGGGGCUCGUGCGCGGCCUGUGUGGGAAUUAUGACGGGAACAAGAGGAAUGACUUUAUGCUGCCCAACGGCACCGUCACCCAGAACCUCGUCGGCUUUGGCAACAGCUGGGAGGUACAGAGGAUCAAGGGAGGUGACCUCGCCCGCUUCUCAAGGGCCAUACAAGAGGAGGAGGGGAAGGAGUCAGGCUUCCCUGUGUCGGAAUGCAGCCCAGAGCAGCUGGAGCUCAUCAACAGCACCCAGGCGUGUGGGGUGCUGGUGGACCCCCAGGGCCCCUUUGCCGCCUGUCACCAGACCGUGGCCCCAGAGCCCUUCCAGGAGCACUGUGUGCUGGAUCUGUGUGCCGCCGGGAGCCCCAGAGAGCAGGAGGAGUUGCGCUGCCAGGUCCUCAGCGGGUACGCCAUCAUCUGCCAGGAGGCGGGCGCCACCCUGACCAGCUGGCGGGACCACACCCGCUGCGCCUUGGCAUGUCCGGCCAACACCGUCUACCAGAGCUGUAUGACACCCUGCCCGGCCUCCUGUGCCCACCCGACGGCCCCUAGGGACUGCGAGGGCCCCUGUGUGGAGGGCUGUGCCAGCCUCCCGGGCUACAUCUACAGUGGGGCCCGGAGCCUCCCCCUGGCCCACUGUGGCUGCACCAACCACGGCGUCUACUACCAGCGGGGUGACAGCUUUGUGACUGAGGACUGCUCCCAGCGCUGCACCUGUGCCCGCUCAGGGGUGCUGGUGUGUGAGCCCCUCAGCUGCCGUGCUGGGGAGAUCUGCACCCUGGGGAACCUCACUCGUGGCUGCUUCCGAGAAAGCCCAUGUCUACGGAACCCCUGUCAGAAUGAUGGGCGGUGCUGGGAGCAGGGAACCCACUUCGCCUGUGAGUGCGAACCUGGUUAUGGGGGACACCUCUGCACGGAGCCUCGGGAUGUGCCACCCCCUGGAGAGGCCGCAUCCAACUUUGGGGCCGUCCUGUUGGGGACGCUUGUGCUUGUGGUGGUCCUAGUGCCCACAGUGACCAGAGAAUGUGUUUCCAGGAAGAGGAGGAGGAGGGAGAAAACGCAGAGCCAGAACAGAGGCAGGCUGGCAGACGCUGAUUUUGUUCCGGAGCAUGCCCUUCAAGUCCCUCAGUUUUGAGUUGUCCUCAGAAAGGGAGAGAGAAAAUAAAAUUUAUUUUUGAAAUGUG